AUGCCAAGCGACUACACAGAGUCUGGGGAAGUUCUCCAGGCUGAUAAGACACCAAUGGGUUUGUAUGCAUUCGAAAUGUAUAAAGACGAGCGAUGCCAGUCGGGGUCGAACAGCUUGUCAGCAUUCAGGGCAACAACUCCUAUUUCAUUCAACAGCAGGAUGUGUAACAGCAUAGAUAUCGAGAAGAAGCCUCCCACCAGCACGGAAGAAAAUGAGUCCUGCGACUCCAAGAGUCAGGGGCAAGUCAUAUCUCCUAAACCUGAAGCUCUUCAACCCUUUUCUGAUGAGGAACUCACGGCUCUGGAGAAGUGUCUCAGGCGCAAGAUCGACCUGAGUCUGCUUCCUUGCAUGAUCCUGAUCUAUAUCAUGAACUAUCUGGAUAGGAAUGCUAUUGGAGCAGCUCGAUUUGGAGGAUUAGAGGAGGAUCUGGGAUUGAAGGGCAAUGAAUUCCAGACUGCUGUGUCUGUUAUUUUCGUCGGCUAUGUUCUUAUGCAAGUUCCUUCCAACAUGCUGUUGAACAAAAUCGGAAAGCCAGCCUCCUACCUUACGGCUUGCAUCAUCGGAUGGCUUCGGCGCACUUACUGCAGUUCGCUACCUUCUCGGCUUCGUCGAAGCAGCUUUCAUCCUGGCGCCAUGGCAACUCUGAGUGCCUGGUAUGUGCGAAAGGAACUGGGCGUUCGAACUGAGAUCUUCUACUCAGGAUCUCUAAAUUCUGGCGCCUUCUCUGGACUGAUCGCCGCUGGCAUCAUUGACGGGAUGAACGUUGUUGGUGGACUCCUGGCCUGGCGAUGGAUCUUCAUCCUAGGAGGUUCAGCUACUGUUGUCAUCGCCUUCUGCUGCUACUGGAUUCUCCCGGACUUUCCAGCAACAACCAAGUGGCUCACUGAAUAG